AAACGAUUACAAUGGGAGUCGAUAAUAGUUCAAUGUUCAAUGGUGAUUCCGGGCAUGUGUAUUUGUUUGCACAGAUAGUCAUGACUUUAGUGUUGUAGAACAUGCAUGAAAACUUCCCAAAUUAGUUUUUCAGGCAAACAAUUCAUUUUUAACUGAAACUGUUUUUCUUCUUCAUAGCCUUAUACCUCGACUAAGGAAAUAUACAAAGAGGUAAUUUUUAGUCGUCAAUCAAUUCAACGAUGGAACAGUAUUUGCAAUAUCUGGGCGGCGUUAUGGGAGGUGUAAUGAUGUCUGGAGCUGCAGCAGUCGCAACAUCUCUUUAUAUGUCUACAUUACCACCACCAAUGACACCAACAGUGAACUUAGAUAAGCAGUCCAAGGAGUUACCGGGACCAGAUCGUGCGAGGUCUUCAAUGUAUUACCCUGAUGGGAAAUUACUUGAAUACUGCUUUGAAGAUGCCAGGACACUUUAUCAGAUCAUUCCAAGAGGAAACAGGCAGUCAGGUAAUGGUCCUUGCUUGGGGUGGAGACCCAGUAAAGAUUCCUGCUACGUAUUCCUUACCUAUGACGAGGUAUUAGAAAAAAUACAGAAUGUCGCAUCGGGACUUGUGCACUUAGGAAUGAAGCCUGGCCAAGAGACAUACAUCGGAAUAUACGCACAAAAUUGCCUUGAAUGGGUUAUCACAGAACAUGCUUGUUACCAUCAAUCUGCUGUUGUAGUUCCUCUCUAUGAUACAUUAGGUCCAAAUGCAUGCUCAUAUAUCAUUAAUCAAGCUGAUAUUAAAACAGUAAUGUGUGAUACUGAAAUCAAGGCAAAGAAUCUUUUGAACGAAGCCAAGAACACACCACAUUUGCGACGAAUUAUACUAGUCAAGAAAGCUUCAGAUGAACUGAAACUUUUAGCACAAACUGCAAAAGUGCAAUUAAUAGCAUUUAGUGAAUUAGACCCCCCAACUCCAUCAAUGGUUGCAACAGUUUGCUACACUAGUGGGACAACGGGAGACCCCAAAGGUGUUGUUCUUACUCAUGGUAAUAUGAUCGCCUGUGCUAGUGCAAUUAUUUUAGUAAUGGGUGUCAACGCGCCUACUUCAUCAGACGUCUUAAUUUCAUAUUUACCACUUGCUCACAUGUUUGAAAGAAUAACUCAGAUUCUGUCAUAUAUUAGUGGGGGGAGUGUUGGCUUUUCUCAAGGAAAUAUAAAACUUUUAACAGACGAUAUAAAAACACUCCAACCAACUUUCCUCCCCGUUGUGCCAAGGUUGCUGAACAGGAUUUAUGACCAGAUCCAAAAUAGCGUACAAGGCAGCAGACUGAAAAAAUGGAUCAUGGAUAUGGCUUUAUCAAGUAAACAAUCAGAAUUAGAAAGACAUAUUGUGACAAAUAAAAGUGUAUGGGAUCGAUUUGUUUUAAAACCUGUUCAAGAAAAUCUAGGAGGGCGAGUGAGAGUUAUGAUCACAGGUUCAGCACCAAUUGGUCCAAAUGUCCUCACUUUCCUCCGAUGUGCUUUGGGCUGCAUGAUUUUAGAAGGCUAUGGUCAAACAGAGUGUGUGGCACCUGCCACAAUGACAUUAAUUGGCGAUAAUAGUGUUGGACAUGUGGGACCACCGUUACCAUGUAACCACAUAAAACUCGUUGAUGUUUCUGAAAUGGAAUACUAUGCUAUCAAUGGACAAGGUGAAGUGUGCAUCAGAGGACUGAAUGUAUUUCAGGGAUAUUUGAAAGAUACCGUAAAAACAGCUGAUACAAUCGACAAAGAUGGAUGGUUACACACAGGGGACAUCGGGAUGUGGAUGGAAAAUGGAGCAUUGAAAAUCAUAGACAGAAAGAAACACAUAUUCAAAUUGGCUCAAGGAGAAUAUAUUGCCCCUGAAAAAAUAGAAAAUGUAUAUUUAACAAGUCAAUAUGUUGCUCAACUAUACGUUCAUGGUGAAAGUUUAAAAGCAUGUUUAGUAGGUAUUGUAGUACCAGAGCAAAAGGUGAUAAUGAAUUGGUGCAAACUAAACGGAAUUGAAGGAAGUUGGAAAGAAAUCUGCGAAAACAAAUCAAUAAAGAAACUAAUUUUAGAGGACAUUAUAGAUAUGGGUAAAAAAGCUGGCUUAAAAUCAUUUGAACAGGUCAAAGAAAUUUACUUGCAUCCAGAGCUAUUUAGCAUAGAAAAUAAUUUGUUGACGCCCACAAUGAAGACUAAAAGACCUGUUUGCUCAAAGGUUUUCAAGCCUCAAAUCACUGCAAUGUAUAAAAAUUUGGAUUAAUGCCGCCAAACAUUAUUGGACGAUAUCUUAACAUCUAUUUUUACGCUAUUUACUGGAAAUUCCUUAAAAAGUCAUGACAUGUAAAUAUAAAUAUCAAAAGAAUCCGGAAAGCUUUAAUUACAUUUUUGGUAAAAGAAUAUCCUUUGUUUGGAUAAAAUAAAUACUUAAACUAGAAGCAACAUUUUUCACAAGCAUUUCUUUUGGAUGUAUUGUGAAUAAAAUGCGAUAUUUUUGUUAUGUUUAUUAAUAAAAAGUUUUAUUUU